CGCUGCUGUGUCAACACCCCGCGCACAUCCCUCCUCAGCUGACGCCGUCUGCCUGCCUGCCGAGAAAUCAGACUCAUGCUAUGAGAGAAUGAUGAAUGCGGUCUGGGCAGGUGCUUGUGUAAUGGAGUUGAGGUGAGAAUGGCACUUUCUCAAUCAAAAGCAACCAAAAUGGGAAAGUCAAGAUUAUUCCGCAUUUUCAUGAUUGUGGGUGCCGUCUUCAUGAUCCUUCUUAUAAUCAUAUACUGGGAUGAUGUGGGGGCCUCCAAUUUUUACCUGCACACUACCAUCUCCGGGCCCCAUCCAUCGCGCCUCUCUCCACAGGGCCGUCGUGGGCCUGAAAAGAAAGUAGAGGAAGACAAGGAGAGCUCGUUCUUGACGGACAUAGAUGCGUUUGUUAACCAGUUUCUAGAAGGAACCGCAGACCCUACAGAACAGGUGCGAGGAGAACCCCCUCCUGGAGACCCUCACAAUCAGUCCUCUGAGAAAUCAGAUGAGAAAUUUGUCCCGAGACGAGAGUGGAAGAUCCAUCUGUCCCCCAUUGACCCUGAGAAAAAGCAAAGGCAGGAAAAUAGAAAGCAGCUGAUCCAAGAUGUGUGCGGCAACAAAAGUGUCUUUGACUUCCCCGGAAAGAACAGAACUUUUGACGACAUUCCCAAUAAAGAGUUGGAUCACCUCAUUGUGGACGACAGGCAUGGGAUUAUCUACUGUUACGUUCCCAAGGUGGCCUGCACAAACUGGAAGCGCAUUAUGAUCGUGCUGAGUGAGAGCCUGCUAGUGGAUGGUGUGCCCUACCAAGACCCUCUAGAUGUUCCUCAGGAACUCAUCCACAACAGUAGCCUGCACUUCACCUUCAACAAGUUUUGGAAGCGCUAUGGAAAGUUCUCACGGCAUCUCAUGAAAAUCAAGCUCAAGAAAUACACCAAGUUUUUGUUUGUUCGGGACCCUUUUGUACGACUGAUUUCUGCCUAUCGCAACAAAUUCGAACAAGAGAACGAAGACUUCUACAAGAGAUUUGCUCUUGUCAUGCUGAAAAAGUACAGCAAUUACACCGAUCCACCGGCAUCAGUGGUGGACGCCUUUGCCGCAGGAAUUCGACCGUCUUUCUCAAAUUUCGUUCAGUAUUUAUUGGAUCCUAGCACUGAAAAAGAGAUGCCUUUCAAUGAGCACUGGAGACAAAUGUACCGUUUGUGCCAUCCCUGCCAGAUAAAUUAUGAUUUCGUGGGGAAGCUGGAGACCUUGGAUGAGGACGCUGAGCACUUGUUGCGUAUUCUCCGCGUAGACAAUAUCGUCGAGUUCCCAGAAAGCCAUCGCAACCGAACGGUCAGCAGUUGGGAGCAGGACUGGUUCGCCAACAUACCUUUAGAAACCAGAAAAGAGCUAUACAGGCUCUAUGAAGCUGACUUUAAACUGUUUGGAUAUUCCAAACCAGAGAAGCUUUUACACGAGUAAUGCAUUGAUCAUCAACUUUAUCGGGGUGCUGAAAAGAUUCUCACAGCACAAUAAACAGGGGCAAUGGGAGUUCCCGCUGCCUGGUUCUUAAUGUUGCUCUUUCACAUGAUGCUGUUAAUGAAGACUCUUUCACAUGACUCCAGUCCGAGGGGUCAAUGUUAGAUUAGUUAGAUUGAUCCAGUAAGCUCCUCCAGAUAGAUUCUGUAAUUGCAGACAUUGCUUUCUCCAUUGUUUGCUAUUCCAAAGUGCAGUGCCCUCCUGUACGUGAUGUGGAAAAAGCUAUUAUAACCAUGAAUUUAGAAUAUGUUCAUAAAUGAUUCAUUCACUCCCUCAUAGUUAAAUCAUGGUCACAGUUUGCUCAUUUAAAUUUAGUUGACGCCAUUUUACCUUCAUAUGAUGUCUGUUUUAAUGUUCAAAUCAUAGACUCAUUUUAACAAAUGAACAAAGAACAAAAAAAAAACUCACAGGGAACCUCACUUUACACAAAGCUUGUUAAAGGCUGAUUUAGACUUUUGCGUCAAGCGCAUGCGUAUGGUCCGAUGCAGCCUUCGCAUAGCCCUUGCCAUGGCUGACGCCAAUGCUGGUGCGCACCUCUCAAAAAUUUAACUACACACCGCAACGAUGCAUAGCUCAAGCUCUUUGAUUGGUCGGCUUGUGUAAGUGUGACAAGUGUGGGCGGUGCUGAGAGCCGCGAGCCCAAAUGGAUCGAGUGUUUACUAAAUCUCGAGUCCUGUGAAGGAGCUCCAGAUGGAGACUUUUGUAUUUACCUUAUGAGUUGUUGCACUUAAAAUGAGCAAGUUUUAGCUACUUGUAUAUUUACUGUAGCAUUCAGGAAAAAACAAAACACCUGCGAAGAAACUCAACACAGAGCAACAUAAAAAUCUACUGCCAGCUAGCAUUUUGGAAGUGUUAUUGCAGAGCAACACAGACAGCGCGCAGAAGUAUAAAUGCACGGCAACGCGCAAGGCUAACGUGAUUCGAUUCUUAUUUAUAUGGAUUUGGUCCAAUAUCAAUAUUAUAAUAACUGGUUUUGAUAUUUAAUAUUUCAUUUUAAAUGUUCAUUCUUAAAUGUUAUUAACUACACGUAAUAAAACAGUUAAGACUUGUAAUCAGAUUACAAUUUCAAGGCAUUAAAAUUCACAACGCCUAAGAUCAAUAAAAGCUCUUGUACUUUUCAUGUUGAGUUUAGUUAAGUUAUCUAAUGUUGACUAUUGGAUAGUUAAUAGUAGUCCAAUAAAUACUCACAGAAUUUUCAAACAAUAUUUCCGCAUGAAUAGAUGUGAAACGUCAUAAAAUGUGAAAAUGUUUGAACUAUUCAGAGAACCAGUUAAUUUUUUAAGUGUUUGGUACAGCAAACUGUUAAUAUUGUCAUUUCUUAAAAAGCACUCUAAAAGCUUAAAUAAUAAUUCACAGUAUUUUGAAGUGCCCACAAUAUUAAUAUUGUGCAUAUUCAUUAUCACAGUAUAUUGAAUUAUUGAAUAUCAGCAUAUGUCAAUAUUACAGUUUAAGAAAUAAAACUGCUUUGUAAUUCAAAACCGUUUUAUAAAACAUUUGUUUAACCAUCUAAAACUAAACAUUACUAUUUAUUUUUUUUAAUAGAGCUAAGUGGCUAAAGUGGCUUUGCAGGGUCAUCGUGUUGUUGCAGAAUCUUGCACAGUAUCUACACAGGGCAAGAUCUUUGGAUGCGUCUACACUGGAUGUGACAAAGAGACCCAUUUGUCCUCCAUGUUUUGUUAAAUUAGUGAUGGAUUGAAAUCAAAGAAUCCAUAUAUUCACACAGCCCUGUGUAAAACGUGUGGUGCAACAAACUGGAACUGAUUGAGCCAAUCACAGUGCAGAUGGUAUACAAUUUUAUUUAAUUAAAACCAGGAAAAUGUGAGAAAAACGAGAGAACAAAUGAAAACAACGUGGCCAUAUUUAAAUAAAAACCUAAUUAGCAAAUGAGGAUUACAAUUUGAACCAAAAUGAGUAUAAUGUGGCCACAAUAUAACUAAAGCAAAGCAUUCAGUGAGUACAAUGUGGAAAUUAUUUAACUAAAAUGAUGAAACGACAGAUUUGACUGUGAGGAAGUGAAUGAGAACAAUUUUUUUCCCCCUCCACCACGUCAUGUCCAUACACAAGUAUUGAUGUUUUGCAAAUAUUUCAUUAUAUGUUUUUUCCAGUGCUUGCCUUUUAUUUUUGAAGGGCUUUUAAAAGCAGUGAAAUGGGUUUUGGAUGUUUUUUCUGGGUCCGCUGCCUUUGACAUCAAAGCUCAUGAUAGUCAGUAGUGAUGAGUUGGAGACCUUGUGAUGCAGUUAGCUAAUGAGCAUUGCUAUGAUCUUACAGCACAAGUAAUUGGCUCAAAACAUGCUCUAGAUGAAGAAUUCAGUGCAGUAGACAACUCUCGGCACAGUAAAAAGUAUGAAAAGCAUAGCUGAGUGUGUCAUUGGCUGCACUUUUGUUGCACUAUGUUCAGUGCAUCGAGUCCUGUGAAAGAGUCUUUUUGGUCUUUGUGGGCAUUCAAAGCGAUACAGUAGUGAAUAUACAUUCCUUGCACACAGGUUACAUUUGCUCGGUCCAUUUCCCCCAAGUGUGUUACUAUUAUUUCUACAGACCUCAAGGACAAUCUUGGAGAGAGAGAUUUCGAUGGUUAUCGACUCAAUGAAACCUGCACAAUUUACUUUUUAUUGAUAUUCUGAACAGUGUUCGAAAGAGACAAACUCGCCUCACCAGCAUACCUGUCAACCCUCCUGUUUUUCUCGGGAUUCUCCCGAAUUUUACAAUUCUAUCCCGCUAUCAUCCCGUAAAGGUAUUUUUCCAUAUUUCUUCUGUAUUUUUAAUCUUUCUAUAAAGGGUGGCAUUAAGUGGAUACUCUGGGUUUUGGGUAACAGACAUAUACACAUCAUCAUAAUAUUAAAACUAUCUAAACACAUGUCGAUCUUGGUGGGAUAUCUUUUAAACAAAUCGUGUCUUAAAUAAGCAUAAAAAGUUAGGAAAGCAGUCAAAUGCUUUCAUUUUAGACCUCUGUUAGUUAAUGUGAUCAAACAAAAAAAAUCUAAAUGAGAGAUUAAUUCCCUGCUCUUUAAACAGAAUUUAUUACAGACCAUUUCAACUGUUUAUUCACUAUGAAACCGCUCCAGAUAAACAGAUUUAGUAAUUUGGGGAGUUUCUUUUUUUUUUUUUGGGUGGGAUUAUCCCUUUUUUCACAUCCCAAUGUUGACAGGUAUGCUCACCAGUGUUAUUAUAUAUGGUUGUAGCUCAGUGUAUGUGAUAAUCCCAGCAAAACACCUUGGUCCUUCCAUUUUAAGUUGUUUUAGCUGAACAACCACCAAAUUAAAAAUAUGAGUUUUAAAAAAAAGUAUUGUACAUUUAGCAAGUGCACAUAUUAGAGUAUUUUAGAAUAUUUUUGUAACCUUUUACAAUUAAAUGUGAAAAGUGAAGGCACUUUUUUGUCCUUGGGAAAAAAAGCUAGAUAGCAUUUUAAAAUGCAAGCAAAAGUUUUACAUAUUUUUAUUACAAUCAUAAAGGGAUUUGCUGCUGCGCUCGCAGCGGUUUCUUUCUUUUUAAGGCAUUUGUGUCUUUUGUGACAGAGAAACCUCAGUUUUUAUGUUUCCCUUUUUUCCAUUCCUUCUGGAUUGUUGCAACCUUUUAAAGUAGUUCACGGUCUCUUUAUUGCACAAAAUUGGCAGUGUUCUGCAGUGAAGCAAGUAAUGGAGUAUCUGACAUCAAAAAGAUAUUUCUUUGUUACAGAGACUGAAGUAUUCCGAUUAUGGCCUGUUCUUGUGAAGGAAGUCUUGCCUUUCAUCAUUUUGAUCCGUUUCUUCUAUUAGUGUGUAGCAGGGACUCACGUCCUCUGAUCUGCAGCAUGCUAUAGAUGUUAGCAUGCAUGCCUUGCGGUCCUUUAUUAAAUAUGCAUCACUCACAAAAAUGCUGUAGCAAACUAAAGUCAUUGUUAUUGAUCUAUUAGGCUUUUUGCAUAUUGAUAGGAAUAUCAUUGCAGGCACAGGGUAUUUACAAUUCUUUCUUAGCAAGAGUUUUUUGGCGUGGUAGGCUUAGUUAAAUCACAAAUGUCAUUUUGUUUAUAUUGUAGUUUCUGCUCUAGCUGCGAGUUGAAAGUGGGCAUGUGCAAAAAAAAAAGAGAAAGUAUUUAAGGGUUUAUCCUGAUUAUUUUUACGGUAAUUCAUAACCUAGAAAGUGUUUCUUUUAGCUUUCCAUCAUCGUGUUUUUGUGCUGCAUUUUGCACAUCGGAUCACAUGUAUUAAACUCCUUAAGGCAUGAGAGAUGGGAGGAUUAAGGAAGGUGGAUUGUAUAUUAUUGUAUGGAAUAAUACUGUGGAGCACAAGUGUAGCAUGAUUGUUGUGAAAGUGAGAGGUCGGAGAGAAUGAGACGCCACAUUUCAGCCAGGCCUUUCCCGGACGCCACCAUUUUGAAUCGGUGCACUGUUGGGCCCGUUUGGUAGCAGUGCCUUUGGAGAAAAGUUUACACAAAGUAUUUUUGUAAAGCAGGUCUCUGACUUGCUGUUAAAGCUCCUGCUAAAAAGAAAACAAAUAAAUAAAGAGUAAUACUUACAUGUGUUGCAUCAUAGGAAAGAAUUUUUUUUUAUGUGUGCCGCAGUUGUGGCUGUGCUGUUGAUUAAUUGUUGUUACAUUGGUUCAAUUGGUUAAACAUUGGUUACUUUUUUUGUAUACAGUAAAUAUCCACAAAUUUGAAAAAGACACGUGCAGUUGCCUAUGCUGUUGAUUUCUGUCUUUGGUGCCACAUUGUACAAAAAAAAAGUGUUAUUGUUUUGUGAUUGUUUUGAUGCCAAUUUUAAGUUAUGUUUUCAGUCAUAGGAAUUUCUUAGCUGCAUGAAAUAUUUUUCAGGACAUCAUACUGAAAGCAAAAGGGAAAUCUUUGUCACGUUAAAUCAGGUUUUAGUCUAAAAAUGUGUUCUUGAUUUUUGCCUUGUUUCCCCCUUUGGGCAAUGUACAUAGCUCUUAUUUUAUUUAUUACAGUAUUAUUUAAUGCUUUGAAUUUCAAAAGAGAAAAAAAAAGGUCAAUAAAGUUUAUUGCAUGGUGCAAACACUGUAAA